CAAAACUGUCACCAGUGUCAACAUAACCUCAAAACAUGGGUUACAAAAUUUGCAUGGUUUCCGACUUCUUCUUCCCCAACAUGGGUGGAGUCGAAGAGCACAUUUACAACCUUUCACAGUGUUUGAUUCUAGAGGGGCACAAAGUCGUCGUAAUGACACACAAUUACGGGGACUGCAUUGGUGUCCGCUAUAAAACGAACGGGCUAAAAGUAUACUACCUCCCAAUUAGAGUGUUCUAUAACCAGUCUGUCCUACCAACAAUGAUAUGCAAUGUCCCCCUCAUACGUUACAUUUUUAUUCGGGAACAAAUUGAAAUAAUUCAUGGACAUUCGGCAUUUUCGGCACUCGCACACGAAGCUAUGCUAGUUGGGAAUUUAAUGGGUUUAAAGACCGUUUUCACUGAUCAUAGUUUAUUUGGUUUUGCUGAUGCAAGCGCUGUGAUAACUAAUAAAUUACUACAAAUGUCACUGGCUGAUUGUAACCACUGGAUCUGUGUUUCACACACUGGUAAAGAAAACACAGUUUUAAGAGCCAAAGUUAAUAGUAAACGAGUUUCUGUGAUACCUAACGCUGUAGACACUUGUGCUUUCACGCCAGAUCCUAGUAGACGGUCUAAGAAGUAUAUUACAAUUGUAGUUGUAUCUCGCUUGGUUUACCGAAAAGGCGUUGACUUAACAGCACAAAUUAUUUCCGAAAUGUGUAAAAAAUACAAGGAUAUUAAUUUCUUAAUAGCGGGCGACGGCCCAAAGCGGGGAUUGUUAGAAGAAAUUCGUGAACGACAAGGUCUUCACGACAGACUUACGCUUCUAGGGAGUUUAGAACACUCCCAAGUACGCGAUGUUCUAGUUCAGGGCCACAUUUUCCUCAAUACGUCUCUAACAGAGGCUUAUUGUAUGGCGAUAGUGGAAGCAGUUUCUUGUGGAUUACAAGUCGUUUCGACGAAAGUUGGCGGAAUACCUGAAGUGCUUCCAGACGAUUUGAUUUACUUGACUGAACCAAACGUUCCAGCGCUUAUUAAAGCCCUUGAAACGGCUCUAGAGGAUUUAAAAAGUAACAAAGUGUUGUGUCCUUAUGAAUGUAAUUUACGCACCAAAAACUACUAUAAUUGGGAACACGUUUCCAAGCGUACGGAAAUUGUGUAUCAGAGGGUGGUUCACGAGAAAGUUAAAACUCUACAGGAGCAACUAUGGAGUUAUAAGACGAGCGGCGUGUGGCCCUUCUUAUUGGUCGCUUCGCUGUGUUACCUAAUGUUGGCGUUUUACGAAUUUAUGUACCCAAGGGAGUACAUUGAUAUUGCCAAAGAUUAUAACCAUUGUAAGAAGAAAAAUAAAGAAAAAGUUUUUUAAAA